GUCGACUACCUGCUGAAAGAUUCCUCCAUUCGUCUACACAACUUUGCCUUUCCUUCAGCGACCAUGGAAGACGACCUCUUGGGCCAAUUAUCGAGAUUCUUCGCGCGUUUUCCCAAGAAAUCGCCGGCCAACCCUAUUCCCAUCCUCGACCCGAACGAAACUAUAUACGUGUUGUUUCUGGAUAUCAACGACUGCGGCAGGAUCUCAUCCGAAGAGCUCGAACCCAUAGUCGAAGUACUCUUUGAUGCUGUUCACGAUCUAUAUGUCAAGGCGGGCGCUCGGAAUUUCGUGCUGGUGGAUGUCCCUCCAAUUGACCGUUCGCCCAGCGCCGUCGACUCGUCAGACGAGGUGCAGAAUCGCGUUGAGACAUGGAACGACCUUCUGCGUACGCGUGCAUCAGAAUUCGCAACGAGCAGUCCGCAGGCGACGGUGCUCGUCUUCUCCUCGCAUAAGGUACUCACGGAUGUGCUUGACGAUCCACUCGAGUACGACUUUACCGAAGACGACCCAGCUGACGAGGGAGGCGCUAUCUGGGAGGAUGAUCUGCACCUGACACCAGCUGUCCAUGCGAUCCUGGCGGAUCGUUUGCUCGCUUCGCUCAAGACAGAGGAUCAGUAA